UCCUCCAACAGAUGUGAUCCACACUGUAGGUCCAGUGGCUAGAGGUCAUGUUGGCGAUAAAGAGAUAAAAGAUCUUACCUCCUGCUAUAAAAACUCCCUGGAUUUGGUGAAGGAGUAUGACUUGAGGACUGUGGCCUUCCCAUGCAUUUCCACAGGCAUCUAUGGCUAUCCCAAUGAGCCUGCAGCGGACAUCGCUCUGGGCACAGUAAAGAAGUGGAUCGAAGAAAACUCUGAUAAGAUCACACGAGUCAUUUUUUGUGUCUUCCUCGAGACUGAUUUUACCAUUUACAAGAAGAAAAUGGCCAUCAUCUUUCAAGACAAUGACAUUGAGGUUACGGAGGAGCAGCUGAAGGGAGACAGCACACCUCCAUCAACAAAAUCUACAACCAAGGAAGAGGCUGAGGAUGGCGAAAAGGGUAAAGAGGAAGCUCAUGACGAAGAGAAGAACGAUGAACUGGAAGAUGUAGACAUGCCGAGUCAACCCCAAGAUGAGGAUCAAAAUUCAAACACAAUGGAGCCAGACCAACAACAGAAUGAUGAUGAACAUGAAAAGGGUGAAGAAGAAAGGGAAAUGGUCACUAACAACGAGGAAGAUGACAAAGAACAGGACACCAGCAAAGAAAAGGAGGAUAAUAAAGAUCAAAAACAACCUGUCCCAGAGAAAGAUAACGACCCACCAGAUACCAACAUGGAGGUGGAAGAUUCCUCUGAACCCAACGCUGGCACCAGCAAUGGCGAGGAUAUAAAACCUGUUGAGAGCUCAGAAGAACCUUCUUUGAUAAAAACUGAAGACCCAAAGCCCAAAGACUCUGCUGAGAACAAAGAAUGACCUACUGAGAGGAGAACAAUCAACCUCAUCUGACAGCCAGUAAACUGUGCAAAGGCCAACCGCACUGGUGUCAGACGGGCCCAUGUCAGAAUGGGCUCUGACACUGGCCCAGGACAACCAGAAACUUCACAUGACGCUCACAUCCCCAACUUUAAUUAGCUUUCCACCUUUUAAUUCUUCCCUGAAGUAUGUAUGUACUGUAUGUAAAUGUAUGUAUGUACAAAACCUUCUAUAGGACUUGAACAUAUCAACCAGAAAAGAAGAGCCAUACCUCACUGUGUGUUAGUCAUCCAUCAUUUUGCCAGCAGGGUGCAAAGAGAUGAACCAGGUUCAAGUGUUUAUUUGCAAAAAGCCACUGUGAGAGCUCGGUCAAGCUGUCAGAGGACAGCAGCCGCAGCUCCUACAUGUUAACACUUCUGACUGGAUGAGGCUUAACAUCAACCUUUUUGUUCCUACAAUUCCAACUUGGCAAUAUACAGAUUAAUGUUCUACAUUUAUGGGGCUUUUAGAUUGCACCAUUGGUGCAACGCCAAGUCAAAUCAGCCAAUAACUGCAAGGCAAUGUGCCAUUCCCUGGCAACUCAUGUGUUAACAUCCCAGAUCACACAAACCAGGAUGCGGCCAUCUCUUGACAAAUUGAUUAGCUCUUUUUUUUCUCCCCUUGUUUUCUUCGCCUUUUCCAGUGCAUGCCAGAAAAUUGCUUUGAAUUUCACUGUCAUAAAAAAGAACUAGCCCUCUUCACUUUUGCUUGUCUUCUUUCCAGAUUGUUUAUAAUUGUACGGAAGGAAUCUGCCUUAUUUCAUAUCAGACAAAAAAUAAUGGUAUCAGACUUUAGGAUGUGGGCCAAGUAUGAUUUUAUGCUUGUGUUUUGCUUGCAGAUGAUUUGUAUUUUUAAUUACAUCAAAAUGGCUAUUAUCUGUUGUUAAACAUUUCUUGUUUUAUUGGGUUGAUUUUAAAAUGGUUUUACUUUCUUUUAAUCGCUAGCUGAUUAUUUUUGGUGGUGCCAUGCUAAAGAACAGAUGAAUUACAGUUCUAUGAAAUGAAAUGAUGAUGCCUUCAUACUUUGAUGUUUGCUUUGCUAAACUAUAACAGAAACAACUAAUAAAGUUUAAAUUCAAAGCCCGGUGUCAGCUCAUAA